UCUCUCUCUCGGUGAGAUUUAGUAAGAUGUGGAGAAACUCGUUUCCUCACUUGAUAUCCAUCUAAUAAUUCUCAAAUAACUACUUUUAUAUUCAUGCAUAAUUAUGUAUGAUUUUUAUUACACCGAUUCCGUGGGCACGCCUGACUUAUUUUCUGUAAUAAUAAUAAUAAUAACAACUUGAAUUGAAAGGUUGACGUGAGCUUUCCAAUCUCACGCUCCCUUCAAAUGAAGUGAAUUGAGAUUUUGCUGACCCUCCAUCUACAUUAACGAACAAUGGAUUACAUAUCAUCGAAGUUGUGAAUUUUGUUAUAUAACAGUCAGUUAUUGCUAUUGAAAAAACUUUUCCUGAACAACAUUUCCUGUGACGAAACUCAACAACUUUUUCUGAGUAGGGAAAUUUUCCAUGCGUUGAUAGCGAACCACUAACAUUGGGACAUGAAUUUUCUGGAAAUGUUUUCGAAGUUGGAACGGGUGUUACGAAUUUGAAGAAAGGAGACAACGUAGUUGUAGACCCCAACAACUCAUGUAAGUGUUGCAAAUUUUGCCAAUCCGGUAGACCACAGUUCUGUACAGGAACCAAUGAAAACCUUGGAACCUUCAGAAAUGGUGCUUUUGCUGAGUAUAUCCUAGUUCCAGUGCAUAUGGUACAUAAAUUACCAGAUAUUAUUACACUUCAACAAGGUGCUUUGGCAGAACCAUUAUCAUGUAUAUCUCACGGUUGGGAUAUUAUAAGUCCAGUAUCAGUAGGAUCGAGAGUGCUCAUUGUUGGAGCUGGUAUAAUCGGAAUUUUAUGGGCUUCCCUUUUCCAUUCACAAAGACACCGUCAUGUUACCGUCUGUGAACCCAACGAGGCCAGGAGGGCUAUUCUGGAAAACUUGA